AAUUAGUCAUUGCUAAUACUAUGACUGCCGUUGUAUUAUAUGCACAGAUGGGACGUGUUGAUGGAUACAAUCCACAUGGUAACAGGAAAGAUUUGCCCUUCACUUGGACUAAUGUUUACGAGGAGGUCACUAGUUCGUCUUCACUUUCAGCAUUAGAGACUACGAAUAAAGACGAGACUAGCGUGUCUUUGGACCCAAAAGAUGGUUCAGAUUUGAAGGAAAUUGGCAUGAGCAAUCGAAAAUUCAGAGAGUUCAUUUGUGGUGAGGAAGCAUUAAGGAUAUCUCCCACGGAACCUUAUUGUUUAUGUCGUCCAAUCCGCAGAGGACACUUGAAUAUUUCACAACACUAUCCUAUGCAGCAGGUGCUUGAGGAUCUGCGUGCUAUUUGGGAUUGGAUUUUAAUAGAGAAACUGCAUAUUCCUCGCAAUGAAAGAAACAUGUACUCUGCUAUUCUUGUGAUGCCAGAAACAUUUGAUAAUCGUGAAAUAAAGGAAAUUCUAUCUGUAGUUCUACAAGAACUAUGCUUUGGCUCAGCAGUGGUACACCAGGAAGGUCUUGCUACUGUUUUUGGAAAUGGAUUAUCAACAGCAUGUGUAGUGAAUAUUGGUGCUCAGGUUACAUCACUUAUAUGCAUAGAGGAUGGAGCUGCUCUGCCAUCAACUGCAAGGACUUUAACUUUUGGUGGUGAGGAUAUAUCAAGGGGUCUUCUCUGGACGCAAAGGCAUCACCAGACCUAUCCACAAAUUCGAACAGAUAUGUUGACAAAGCCUAUAGAUCUGUUAAUGUUAAAUCAACUCAAAGAGUCAUAUUGUGAAAUCAGAGAGGGGCAACUUGAUGCUGUAGCAGUAGUUCAUUCCUACGAGGAAAAAGCGCCGCCUGGAUCUCACAGGACAAGGCUUACUGCUCUCAAUGUUCCUCCCAUGGGGUUGUUCUAUCCAAUGCUUUUUGUUCCUGACGUGUAUCCUCCUCCACCACGGACUUGGUUUAGUGACUACGAGGAUAUGCUAGAAGAUACAUGGCAUAUUGACUUUUCCCGAAGGUCUGACAUGUCCGAUACUUUCUAUCCUAAUGUCAAUGGAGGAUUACCCAUGUGGGAAAGUUAUCCCGUUUAUUCAAAGCCGAAAAAAGAAGAAAAUCUCGGCCUUGCCGAAGCUAUUACCAACUGCAUUCUCUCAACUGAUUUAGCGAAAAGAGAGGAGAGAAGUUACUUAUUUAUGAAGGUUGAUUAUGAAAAAGCUUACGAUAGCGUGAGUUGGAAUUAUCUAAGGUUUCUUUUUAUCAAGAUGGGGUUUGGCAAAAAGUGCUUAGUUGGAUGGAGGCUUGUGUCUUUAAUAGUUCAAUUGCCAGUUUUGGUUAAUGCUACCGUUACUGAUGACGUUUCACUGCGAGUUCAGUGCGGGUUGAAGGCUAAUGAUGAUGAUGAGGUAUUACGUCUGAUUAAGAAAAGUGACUUCAACAUAGUGGAGCAGCUGCUCCAAACGCCAUCAAAGAUUUCAGUGCUGUCAUUAUUGAUGAAUUCUGAAGCACACAGAGAGGAUUUGCAGAAAAAGUUGAAAUUUGUGAAGAACGACAAGCUUGCCGUUGUUGGUGGAGAAAAAACACUUCUUGCGAGCCAUUUGUCAUCUUUCACAUAUGUAGAAGCUGAAGAAGAGGUUAGAACACCGUUCCAGGAUUUGUCUAUUGCUGAUGAACUGAAGACUGGGGCAUCCAUGUCUUCUUUGAAGGAUGCACAAGAGUUUAUUCAGGCCGGCAACACUGAUAAGUGGGGUCGUGUUGUAGAAGUUGUUGAGAACAAGAACAGGGCUGGGCUGAGAUUUCAGCAAGGGCCAUUCAAUGCCAAUGUCAAGGCUAUUCAACCAUUUUUCCGCAGUGGAGGAUUCAUUCAUAUGGAUGAUAAACACUCAGUUGUAAUUAUUGAAGACGAUGAUGAAGAUGAAGCUUGUGCCAACUUUGUGACACACGACCAAACUUUCACAAUUGGGUUGCUGUAG